AGAGAAAAAAUGGUGAGCAUUCAAUCUCAUCACACAAUCAUUCCUUCCAAUCCAACCCCAAACGAAAAACUCUUUUCCCUCUGCGAGCAAAUCAAGCUUCGCACUCACGCUCCUCUUCUCUAUGCAUAUAACAAAUCGACUGUCAAUAACCAUGUCCUUGUUGCCACCUUCAUGAGCUCUCUCAGCAAGGCUUUGUCAAUCUACUACCCGCUGGCGGGUAGGUUGAGCUUAAUCGACGGUUCGAGAUGGGAGAUCAUUUGCAACGCCAAAGGAGCGUUGCUAAUCGAAGCGGCUUGCAACGGGAAGACCAUGCACGAUUUCUGUGGUGACGAUUUUGUCCCUACCGGUUUAGUUUCGCAGCUAAUUCCCAACAUUGAUUAUGGUACUCCCGUUUCCGAGACGCCUCUUUUGGCGGUGCAAAUCACGCGCUUUAAUUGCGGCGGUUUCACCAUCGGUGUCGCCCUGUGUCGUGCCGCCAUUGAUGGAACAGCAACCAUGCGAUUCAUGAACACGUGGGCUAAGUUAGCCAAAGGAGAAUCUUUGGAUCCAUAUGAUCAAUUCCCAUGCUAUGAUCCAAGUUUGUUAAACUCACGCACUUUGUUGCGUAAUUCGAAGAAGGUUUUGCAUGAUCAUUCAGAAGAAUUAUUCGGAACUCCACCUCCAUGGUUAGGUCCAUUGAGAAAAGACUCCAGAGUUGUCGUUGAAGUUGUCAAACUCACAAAAGAACAGGUCAAGAAACUCAAAACGAAAGCCGCAAUCAAUAACGUUAAGACUCCGUUUUCGAGUUUCGAGGUCAUUUCGGGGCUUUUAUGGAGGUGUGUCACCAAAGCGAGAUACCAAGGAAAUGGUGACCAACCAACAAGGUUGACCACUUUGGUUAAUUGUCGCAACCGUCUGAAACCACCGCUUCCUAAUGCUUACGCAGGAAAUGCAGUAUUUCCGACGGUUACAACAACUUGUUCCUUCUCUUACCUAAUGCAGAAUCCUCUGAGUUCUGCAGUAGAAAAAGUGAAGAAGGCUAUAGCGAAGGUGGACGAUGAGUUCGUGAGAAAUGCACUUGUUUAUAUUGGUAAUGCUAAGGACAUGGAUUUGGUGAGGUAUAACAUUCACUAUCCAGCGAAGAGUGUGCAUAAGGGAGGGUUCAAGGGUAACCCAAACCUGUUUGUUGUGAGUUGGAUGAAUUUCUCGUAUAAGGAAGCAACUUUCGGGUUCGGGGAACCAGUUCAUUUUGGACCCGGGUUCAUGGAUUCUGAGGGGAAGGCUUUCAUCACGAACAAUGCUAGUGGUGAUGGAUUCAAUGUGGCUAUUGCUUUGGACUCAUCUCACAUGGAUGCUUUCAAGAAACUCUUUUUUGGCGAAAUUGAAGAGGUGUUUCCUAUUUCGAAAUUGUGAUGGUGUAGAAGCCUAACUUGGGAGCUUCUUUCAAAGAAAUAUCAGGACUUUGUCAAAUCAUUUUAGGUUGAUGCAUCAUGAAGAUUGAUUUUUAGUGGA